AUGUUUCUACUGAAAAAUGCUUUGCGAAAAAAACGACCGGACGUCGCGCCGGACGAGUCUUUUAUUGAUGGCUGGUCCGAUGUAGAUCGUAAUCCGCGCGAUUAUUAUCAUAGUAACUCCGUGGCCAUUGUCCAAGUGCCUGAAGAGGGAGGAGAAGACCGAGGAGACCGUUUUCUGCAGCCACCACAGUUCGUGGCCGGACCGGAAGUCGUGCGUCGCAUGGCAUCGGACCGACCGGACCAGCAGCAGCCUGACGGUUUCAUUUCCGUUACGUCCCGGAAGUACAGGUAAUAAUAAUCAGUAUUGUGUUUUAUCUAGUUGCAUUUGGAUUUACUUUAUAAACAUAAAAAUAUUGUGUUAUAUAAAUAACUGUAUUUUCACUAACUAUAAUAAAAGACAAUAUUGAGCGUAAUUUCUUAAUUUUUUCCCCGGGUGUAAAAAUUCCUACAUACAUAUCUCCUUGGAAAUGUACGAUACUUUCCCCUUAGCGAUGAAGGUUUGAAAUAAAUACUGAAGGAGAUGAAUCCCAUUACUUCUGUGGAUUUGAAAAUCUCCCUCCCUCGGAACUCGUAUAUAUCCGUCACUGAAUUGAAUAGGGAAAUUUUUUUCCAUCUCAAAAAUUGUCUGAGAUUUGAAUUUCUAAAAUUGAUAACAAAUAAUUACAAAAUAUGAUUUUUCGAUCUCAGUUAAAAAAAAAAAUAUCAAGUAUAUUAUGUCAUUUAACGAGAAGCCAAUGGCGUGGAAAAACCAAUGACAGACCAUUGACAAACCAUUUGCAUAAAACCGUCAAUAGAAUUUGACAAGCAAUUUGUUUACAUCUCUAUAGGCGCAUGGCACUUAUAAAGAGGUUUGAAGAAUAAUUGGGCUGGGGCAUUGCUAACCCUUGACCAUGAGUUUGACCAUAUAUAUAAGUACGUACUUAUUUGAUUUCCUUGUUAAUUGCUUUAAGGGUAACAAAACAAAUGGAAAUUACAGAGGAGGUACUUUAUGAAGGGAGGGGGAAUAGAUGCUUAAAUAUAUGGUGUGCAUCAUUAUGAUAAAUAUUCUCCAUCGCGCUGAGCCAAAUAAUAUAGGGGAACUGUCUAUGGGGAAAAUGUAAGUGCAGAUAAUCAGAAAAUUAUACAUAUACAAUAACAUUGUAUUGAAUUAUUAAAAAAAAUUAAUGUUUUUAAAUUUUUAGUUUUGUUUUGCUUUAUUUUUUUUUUAUAUAGAAAACUACAAGAGUUAUUGAAUGGCAGGAGCGUUUUGGAGAAAUGGCUGAUUUUCGGCAUCGGCGUUCUCAGUUUUGUGUGUUUCGUUCUCAUGAUAACCAAAUUCCGAAAUGGUGAGUGUAAAUAAAGCAUAUAUUUGUAAAACAAUAUUUGUGUUGUAAAGCAACGAUUUUGAAGUGAAAGAUAAAAAUUUUAUAGUUAUAACGUAGUUUUUAAAUCCAUAAAUUAUAACAAAAAUAAUAAAUGUACAUAAUAUUUAAUUUUAAUUUUGUGCAUUAAAUGCUUAAUUAAAGAUUUAAUAAUAAAAGGCUCCACACAUACAAAAAAAAUUUUAAAAAAAAAUAGCUGAUGGAUACACCACAAUUGUAGGCAGGAAGUUGAGAAGAUGGUCUACAUUAAGUUAUUCUUAUUUAAUUUAUUUUUUGAGUAACGAUAAAUCAUUGAUAAUGAAAAACGAUUAUGGGCAAAGUUUUUAUACAUGGUUUGAAAGUCCAUAGUAGUUACAUUUUUCUUCAAAAUUUGAUCUUGAUACCAUUAUAAAAAAAAAUUACUGCAUUAUAUAAAUUCAGAGCGUUUUAGGUUUUACUAUAAUAUGUGGUUUUUUAAAUUUUUUUGUGCCUUUGAGUAACUUUUGAAAAUUGACAAGACAUUUUUUGUUAAAUUUUAGAUCUAGCUGCUGCAUUGGGGAAGUUACUUUUUGAUUUUCCAUGGAAUUUCUAAGGGGAUACGUGAUUAUCAUUGUUUUACUAAAUAAAAAUGCUUUAAUAUUUAACAAGAGGUGCAUUAUAAGUUUUUAAAAAAGUUUAUACUGUUAUUUAAUUAUUAUUUCUGAGUGAAGAAGCUUAUGGUUUUUCAAAGAUGUUUAUUAUUUUUUUUUUUUAUCUGUACGCAACUUUUCUACCAGAAGACUUGCUCGGACUUUUAAGUCUAGCUCUUUUUCUGAAAGGAAAUUGGUGUAGAAAAGUACUUUAAGGAUGUCAUUUUACGAUAUUCUUAGGUGUUUUUUGCAUCAAGUGUGAAAAACCGAAAAAAAAAUGGAGGAAAUGUACGAAAUAUAUUACUAAAAUAUUACGAUUUUUUUUUUCCUGUGCACAACUUUUCAACCGGCACUUUUGCUCUAACUAAUAAUGAUAGUAUAGUUUCUAAAAGGAAAUUUCACUAGGGAGGUACUUUAAAAAGCUCAUUUUUGGAUUUUAUCAGAAAUUUUCCCAGCAAAUGUGAAAACCGGGAUAAAACAUGGGAAAAACGUAAAAAAACUUGGAAAAUCUGUACAACAUUAAAUAAAUAUUAUUAAAGAAAAUAAAUAAAGCCUAUAUUUAAUUAUUUUACUAUAAUAUGACAUAUAUAUUAUUAACAAAGCAUCACUAUCAAUUGGACUUCGCUCAGAAUCAUUUUUCGUAAGUAAAGGUCUAUCGUUGCUUACAGAUAAACAUUAAAUUAUCUAUGACAGUAGAUGCACUAGUUUUCAUUAUCCACGACAUCUUUUUUAAAAUUAUUUUAAGAACAAAUUUUGAAGUAAAUCGUAAAUAUUAUGGUCUUUCAAAUCGUAUAAAAAUUGACUUCGCUCAGGAUUCUAUUUUGUUAGAAUUGGCUCAUUGUUGCUUACUAUUAUAAAUUAAAUAAUUUUAUGUAUCCUAACAUUCAAACUUACCAUCUACAACAGUGGCGCACCCAUCAGCAACAUCAAUUUUUUUUUGUCUGCUGUUGAGCCUGUUAAUUUUUCAAGCAUUUCAAAUCGGUCAUACAAUUAUGUCCAUCUGGUACCUACAAAAUAAAAAUUAUGUAAAACACUCACAAGCAUAAUGUUUUUAUAAAUAGCCAAAAUAUUUUGAAAAUUAUACCACUUUAGAAAAGGCAAAUAUAUGUUUUCGUAAAAAUUUAACGUUUCUACGAAUAUUUUUAACUGAAGUACAACAAAAUACGCUGUACUUGGAUAACGGGGAUGGAUGCAGCCAUUGUUAUAGAUAAUUUAAUGUUUAUCUGUAAGGCUAUGUAUAUUCUAAAAAUAUUCUAAUAUAUUUUAUUCUGAGUACAAAAUAAAAUUACCCUUUGCAUAUUUAUAAAGAAUGCGACAGCCAUAAAACAUAUUAAAAAUUAGUUUAAUAAAAUAUGUUCUCGCUAUUUCGAAGCAAUGCCAACAGUAAGAAAUAUUCGUGUUUUCCAGGUGUAAUAUUGUCCAAAAGCACGUGUCACAGCGACGAAUGUUUAAUAUCAGGUUAGUGUCGUAAAAUAGAUGAUACGAUAAUAAUAAUUAUACGAGACCUAAUGCCUAUAAUAUUAUUUCGUCUAUAGUUUUAUUUUAUUUUAUUUUUUUCGCUUUUUUGAUGGAUUUUUUUUUAUAUAUAUAUAUAUAUGCACUUCCCAUACCCACUCGCAGCCGCUACCAUUAUGCAAUCGAUGAACACGGCUGUUGACCCUUGCGACAAUUUUUUCGACUUUGCGUGUGGCAACUGGCAAAACCACUAUCUCUCGGAAUCGGACCAGGCCAAUUCUUGGUUUGUCGAGAGGUCACGGUACAUUUCAAUGGUAAUGACCAGUGAGUACACACACACGCGUAUAUUGUUACGCUCAAUAAUAGUAAUAAUAAUUUACGAUAAGUCCGAGUAUAAUUUGAGGUACCUGGCGUAAAUGGGCGUAGCUGAGAAAUUCGGGGUUUCAAAACGAAACGGUCAUCGUCGAUAAGGCACGUGUUAAAAGUAAAAAAUACAGAGUGUUUGAACUCUGUGAAAAUAAGGCCAAUCAAAAAAUAAGUACCAAGUUUGAAAGAAAUUUAAGAUAAUAAUAUUAAAUAUACUGAAAUCCACGAACGAUUGUAAUUAAAAUACGAUUCUGAGCGAAGUAGUAUACUUAUACUAGUAGCGUGUUAGUCGUCUUUUUUCCUUGUAACCUUAGAGUCAACAGAAAUAAAACAUGUGUAUUAACAUUUAUUAUCAGUUUUUUUAAGUUUCCGAAGUAUGUUUACCAAAAAAUAAAAUGAAAACACAUCUUAGUAAAAUUAAUAGCUUCUUAUUCACUCCACUCGAAAUCGAAUAAUACAUUUUCUACAAACGUAAAAAAACUUAAACUAGCAUAAAAUUAUAGUAAAUAUGCGAUUUGUGAUAUUUUAACAACUAGACACAUAUUGUAGUAAACUAUCUUCAUUGUCAAUAUUAUUGCAAUAUAACAUCGGAAAUCAAUGAAUAUUUUUUAAUAUGGAGCAGCAGAGAGAUAUUUCAUUUUUUAUUAAACUAAUAUAAAAUAGUUAUGGAGGCCAGAGUUUUAUACAAUUUUAGACUUAUUUGAGAUAUUUUCCACGAUGAAAGUACCUUUACAUAUAACAGUGAAGUAUUAUAUGUUUUUAUUUUUAUUUUAUUUUUUCCCAGGGAUAUUGGGAGAUUUAGAUCGUAAAAACGAUCUGAACGUGGUGAAACAAGCGAGGCGACUUUAUCGAACGUGUCUGAAUACAGGUAAAAUAAAAUAAUAAAUUGCAAUCUAAUAGUUACCGAUUUAGAACGCAUUCCUUUUGCCCCUUCCAUAAAAAAAGAAAAAUAAAGUCACAAAAGGUAUAAGUGAUGAUUAUAACUCUAUGAAAUAAAAAAGCCAACAAUUGUAUGAUUUAUUUUUACUGCAUUUACCUUACGAUAACAGAUUUAAUGUUUUCAAAAUUGGUUUAAAAUAAAAUAAAAAUUAUAAUAUAAUUAUAAAUAUAAUUACAAUAUAAUUCUUCUGAGAAAAAAACUUUGUUUACGAUAAGUAUCAUAAAAAUAUUUCAAUAUCAUGCCAUAUGAUCAGACCUAUGGGUCUCAGAGUUUUACCCUACCCGCAUUCCCAUGUUUUCUCAUUGUGCCAUCCCACAGACGUACUGAACGAAGUCGGGUACGGUCCAGUAUACAAGGUACUCGAAAAGGUGGGACUUCCGCGGACGUUUCCGGACUUUACAACGGCCGCGUACACUAACGGCACUGUCUUCAACUUGGCGAGGACGUUGGCACUGGCUCAACGGUACCUGAGCGCCGAUAUCUUGAUGCAGUUGUCUUUGGAAUUAGAUCCAACCUCUAGCAGGACUGUUCUUUACGUAAUUUUAACUACAUUGUAUUUAUAUACCAUGAUCCGUACAUGUUAUUUUUUGUUUCCUUUUUUCCUCUACGGUGGCAGUUUGGACCAGCUUCCGGUUCUUCAUCACCACUUCCAGACUCAAUGCUGGUUGACUAUGGUCACAAGCAGUGGCCACCACCUUCCAAAAUAACCAGCGAUCAACCAGGCCGCGUGAUACUAUUGCUCAAAGUUCGAUACAUGGUGUCGGUUAUCAGAGAACUGAAUCCCGAUGAAAACACCAAUGUCACGUCGUUGUCCGUGUUGGCCCUCAAGAUCCUCAUAAUGGAAUCCAAUUUAAAGGUUAAUAUUUUAUGUACUGCACGAUUUUCUCUUGGUCCUCAAUAGCAACCAGUAUCUAUUAAGUAAUAAUUAAGUAAUACGAUUUCGAAUCCGAUCAAAUUCAAAAAUAGUGGUUUGAAGAUACAAUACAUCAGAUUAUUACAGCAAUACCGAAUUUGAUAUGUUUGGCACUAUGUUUUCAAUUUACAUUUGAUAUUAACGUUUACAGGAAGUAAUUGACAGAGCGUCAGAAGCCCAGGAAUUCACUUUCCGAAACCUAGCAGAGUACAUGUCUUCAAAUUCAUCUGACAUUUCGGAAGAAAACACGGUAAAUCAAUUUUUCGUGAUUAUUAUUUUGUAUUUAUUGCAUUAAUAUUAUUUAACUGAAAAUGAUUAUUUGCACUGCAGUUUGACUGGCCAUCGUUUAUUAACGCCCUCACGGAGGGAACGAACAGUACGUUGACCAUGGACGAUGUAGUGUUCGUUCGAAAUCCCGAAUAUUUUAUGGGAUUACAAUCACGAAUGACCAACACUCCCCUAGAAGAAUUUCGUUAGUGCAUAUUAAUUUUUUUAAUCGAAUUAUUUCGCGUUUUUAUUGUAUGGUUUUUUAUAAUAUUCAUACACAAAUAUAUGUUUAGAACAAUUUAUUUGGUGGAAAAUCGUUGAGAUUUUAAUUCCACAUACGACCACCGAGAUGAGAAGAUUGAAAACAACGUUCAUCGAAUCCAUUUUCCCAACAUUACGAAAACAAACCCGGUAAUUUUUCCAGUUUAUUAUCUAUAUCUACUUAUUUAUUUAAUAUAAUAUAAUAAAUAAAUAAAUAAAUUAUAAUCAACCACGUGUUCCAAAAGACCAAAUGUAUGCACGGAAAUGACCAAACACUUCAUGAACUUGCCCAUAGCCUACGAAUUUUACGUCCGUGACGAUCUAAAAGUAACCUCGGUAAAGGUACAUAAUAAGCAGUUUAUAUGAACUGCAGUACACAACCGCGGUUGUGAUAAACGGUUAAUGAUUUUUCUUCACUUGUAUAGGUACGUAAAAUGCUCAGUCAAUUGCAACAGGCAUUCAAAGGCAUGAUCAGCGAGUCCGACUGGACGGACCGCGUUACGCAACAGGUGACUUCUCAGAAAGUGGACGCAAUCAAAGUCGAAAUCGGCUAUCCGAAAAUUUUCGAAACGCCUAAUGAACUGGAAAAGCUCUACGAAUAUGUAAGAACGCCGUUCGGAGUAUAUAAUAUUAAAAAUAACUAUACCAAUAGUAUAUUUAUCUAAAAUAAAAGUAAAAAGUCCGAAAUAUUAAAGUUUCCUUAAAAAUAUAAAAUUUUCCCUUUAGUUAAUGUCCCUUAAUGUCGUUCAUUGGCCGUUAAAGAUCUGAGAGGUUGAAAAUUUUAGGUAUCGAAAUUUCCGAAAAAUUGAGAAAAAUAAGAGAUUUAAUGGACGUGAACAUUCCCUAAAAAAUCAAACUAUGUAUAGAUACCUUUUUUUUUAUGUCAAAACUUUUGAUUCUUGUAAAAUAUUUUUAAAUUUGAAUUGAUUUAUUUGUAAUUCGAUCGUUUAUUUUACGAUAUCAAUUUAUACUGCAGUGCGUUAUACUAUUUACUUAUUUAGAUAGAAAUCCGAGAAGACGAGUAUCUUCAAAGCAUGUUGGACAUCAAGGCCUACGAAGUAGCCAUUGUGCUACAGGAAAUGGGCAAAUCGAUCGGCACGAAUAAAUCCCAGUCGUGGGUGUUUUUCACUAUUUACGCUUGUCCACAUCUUGAUUGAUUAUUAUUAUUUUUCAGAACACUUACAGAUCCGUUAGAAGUCAAUGCAUUCUACAGCAGAAUAUACAAUUCCAUCAGUGAGUGUACAGCCAAAAUAACGAAUUCUACAGUUUAAAAAUACAAACGUUUUUUAUUUCUUUUUGUUCCGCAAGCUAUACCAGCCGGAAUUUUGCAAAUACCGUUUUACUACAAAGAAGUCGAGUAAGUCUUACUGGUGUACCUUUCAUAUUAUUUAAAAUAUAUACUUGUUUAAUUGACUUUUAGUGUCAUAAACUACGGGGCCAUUGGUUCGAUUCUCGGGCACGAAAUGACUCACGGAUUCGAUAUUGAAGGUACACUGUAAAACCGUUCACUCAACUAAAACUAAAUUAUAGGUCAUCUACGUACAUAAAUUGCAUGAAAAAAGAAAAAAAAAUCAAGUGUAAUUUAAAAACAAUCUCUCGUCUUCCCCUUUUUACUAUACAAAGUCAAUUACACCAAAACCGAAUAAUAUAAACUUCUGUGGCUGUUCUUGUCGAGUUGUAUCGCAAUAAUAUUUUAACCCUUUGAGUAGGUAAAAAUUUCGACGUCAACGGCAAGAGGACCAUGUGGUGGUCUCAAAAAACGAUCAAAGAAUACGUGAAACGGGCCCAGUGUUUCAUCAAAGAAUACGAUCAAUAUAAGCUCACCAAAAACUUUUACGUAAGACAAUCUAGUUAUAAUAAUACGAAAUUUUAAAAAUAUUGCUCUCAAUUAGGGAUCAAGAUACCAAAGAAUUUCCUAGUUCAGAAAAAAGACAAAAUUAGAGAUUUUUAAAAUAAUAAAUUAAUUAAUGAGUGUUCAAGUGUUAAACCUAACUCAGAACGAAAAUGUUGAUUUUACAGCUCAACGGUACACUGACUCUGGCAGAAAAUAUGGCCGACAAUAUCGGUUUAAAACAAUCGUGGUUGGCGUACAAGAUAUUUCAGAAUGAGAAUGACGUCCAAUUGCCGGGACUAAAAGGGUUCUCGAACGAUCAAUUAUUUUUUUUGGCUUACGCUAAUGUGAGUAUUCGUUAUGUUAGUACACUAUGAAGUGACAUCAAUGAAUGGGUGUGUUUUUAGUACGUCUGAUUGGGAACUUUCGAAAUUAUAUCGCGGUGACAGUUGCGAGUUUAGUUUAGAAUUUUUAACGGGGAGGUCAGGGUAUGUAGUAAAUAAUAACCAUGAAUAAUACGUAAAAUCUUCUUUUAUACAUUAUUCGACAAUGAUAAUUUAAAAAUUGGAUCCAAAAAAGUCUAUUUUGAUUUAACAAUAAUCAAGCUAUUCUUGGUAACUUGGCUGAAAUAUAUAAAUAGUAGUUUUAUUUAAAAUUUAAAAGAUAAAACACUUAUAACACUUAGCCUCCAUCCCCUGCGCACGCCACUAAUCGACGAUAGCUGUGCAAUUUCUCAAAUAAAACUCAUUUUUGCAACAGCUAAUAAGAAAAAGGACGUGUCCCCAUUAUUCCUUAAAUACGUUUCCGACAUUUACGCGAAAAGUCACUGGUCAAAAUUAAUUUUUGAAAUAUGUUCUUAAUAAUAAUAUUAUUGUCAUUCCGAAUAGGUCUGGUGCCAUAAGCCGAGCACCAACGUAGCCGACGAAUUUUUGAUCGAGGAUGAACACAGUCCUAAUAAUAUUCGAGUAGUUGGCUCGCUAAGGAACAGCCCUGAGUUCGCGGACGUCUGGAAGUGUCCGGCCAACAGUCCAAUGAACCCGUCCAAAAAGUGCGUUGUCUGGUGAACUACAAUAUUAUUAUUAUACUUAACUAUCGAUUUAGACGAUAUUAUUAAUGUUACCGUAUGUGUAUGUAUAUAUAUAUGAAAUCAAAUUCUACUCGUGUGUGUAUGUGUGAGUUGUAAAUUUUUAAAAAGAAAAAAG